AUGGCAUACUCCCCAGCACCGGUAUCACCCGCCACCGGCGGCGCCAGUCAGACAAUGGCCAACAGCCUGCACUCGCGCGGCCGGUCCGCCAGCCCACCGGCGAACGCGCCGCUCUCGAAACGAGACAAGCGCCGCAGCGCGCUCCAGGACCGCCUGCACGACCUCACGGCGACGUUCAGCCAGAACCGCGACACGCAAUUCCGGCAGCAGCUGCACGCCCUGCAGUGCGACAUGACGCUCAUCAACAACGCGGACCCGUACGUGCCGGGCCCGCUGCCGGACAGCGCGGAGGACAUUGCGCGGCUGAUCGAGAAGACGAUCGGUGGGGGCGCGUUUGCGAAGGAGAUGGCGAGUCUGGGUGGGAUGUGGUAUUCGCGGUUUGUGCAGGAGGUGAAUCAGGUGAAGGAGGCGAGGGAUGCGGAGUUGGCGGCGCUUGUGCAUCGCCAUAAUAAUAAUCUAGAACGGUAUCAGCGGGAAUACGCCUUUCGGGUCCAUUUCGCCGGCGAGGAAUACAACAACCUCUCCUCUACUCUGCGGGAACGGCUGGUCCAGACGAUUUCCGGGAAGAAGGCGAGGCUGAUGCGGGAGAAGGAACAGCUGGAUAUCGCCGAUACCAAUGCCUUGCUUCUUCAUCCCAACCAGUUCAGCAUUACCAACCCGGCCAGCCCCGGGGGCAUCCACGGCAACCGCAAGACCCGUCACACCCGGCACCGGGUGGAUCUGGACGAGCUGGGCAAUGGCAUUGUGUCGGAGUUCAACAAGCGGAAGAGAAAGGCUCCCGAGGACGAUGUUGGUUCCCCCGUGCGGGACGCGAACCCGGCCGAGCGGGCCAAGGCCCAGGUGGCCGAGAAGCAACACGCGCCGUCAUAUUCCAUUCACACCCUCUUCACGGAGAAGGAACUCAGUGCGCACGCCAACCAGGCCCAUGUUGCCACGGUGCAUUUCUUCUCCACCUCCAAACGGGCGGACCAGCCGUCUGGCACCGCGACGGGCGGGAAUAACACCGAUGCGGAAGAUGGCUCGGGCACGGGCGACGGUACGGGCCAGGAGGACAAUGGCACCCCAACCGCCGACAUGGUGCGCACCGCCAGUCAAAACUACCACGCCACGCGCUCCACGCGGACGCACGGCAACCAUGCGCUCAACGCGCUGGCCGAGCUAUCGGACAAGCCCGCAGUUCGUCCCAAUCUCCCCUACAACGUUCUGGCCAAUUACCACGCCAGGCCAAACAGCAAUGCCCCGCCGCUACCGCCCCUCAUGAACGAAGAGGUGGAGGAUGACUGCCUGCGUCUGGAACGCCUGCACAACAAGUCGGCCGGCUGGGUGGACAAGAGCCUGAUCGAGCUGCUGGUCGAGAGGCCACCGCCGGAGAUUGACGGCGUGCCCCAGGAUCCCAACCGGUUCAGUCUGCUGCAUCCCGACUUCCCCGUGGACAUGGGGAUGCACCUGUACCCGCUCAAGGCGAACGGUCGGGACGUGGAGUUACUCAGCUACGAGCGCACCAAGAAGACCAAAUCAUAG